AAAUCGGCUGGGCUCUGCGGGGAAAUAAUGAAAUCAGUUCAUUCCAUAUAUACAUACUCAAGUCGCAGGCCCUGCCUUCCCAGCAUUUUAGGUUCACCUUUCAAAUCCAACUCCUUGAAAUCGCACUCUUGCCAUCGUCGAGUGCUCCCUUUCCUUUGGUCCGUUUCAUUCAGCCAUGAGUAGUGGCUCGCCUACCGCGUAUCUUGUGUGGUCUGUACUAGCAUGCUUGUUCUUCUGUUUCCUCAUAUUUCAUCUUUGGGAAUAUGAUAGAUUCCAAUGUCUCAAGUGGAGCGAGUCCGGGAGACAGCCUGGCGCAUUCAAACGGUUUAUGUCGUACACCUACAUAGCAACCUUAACCUUCCUCGUGAUGUUCAACGUAGCAUACACAUUCAUAAAGUUCAAAGAAGGUUUUGUUAUCACCCCAGACGGGACUAUCUAUCCAAAACCCAUCGAGUUAUAUUCAACUACUCACAAAAAGUGGAUAUUGCCUCUUCUGUUUUUGUUCAGCGCAGCCUGGGCCUGUGAGAUUAUCACACACUGGGAAGAAUUGACAUUCUGGCUCUUCAUCCUUCAUCAAGGCCCUAAGAUACGGCGUUGGUUUGACAGCUGGGAGUUCCGAGUUUGGCUACUUGGCACAGUCGUAGCGGGGCUAGGAAUGCCCUUGACUACUCUUAUUUCCCGUCGGGAGCUUGAUACGUGUCAGGCUUGGAUUUUUCUGGUCGGAUCGUCUGCCUCGACGGCAACUACUAUUUUGUUUCUGUAUGUUCUUGCAAGGUUUCCAGCUUUCAUCCGACGAGUGAAAGCGGAUGGAGGAGAACCAAAAAUUGUCUUACGCCUCGUAAUGUUUUAUCAGUUGAACUUCGGACGAGUUUUGUUUAGGUUCUUGUUUACUAUUCCGCUGUUCAUCUUGGCACUGGAUGGUGUACAAGGAAGUCAUUCGAUCAAUGAAAGUCCUUUCUGGUCAGAUUUUUUGAUUUUGUUGGGUGGAAUCGGUUGUUUUGUCUCUUCGUUCAUGACCCUUUUGAUAUUCUUCCCCCGAUCACUCACCCAAGAGCUGGGUUAUACGACCGCUCUCAUACCGUCAACCGUAGUCGAUAAAACGGUAUCGGCUGACAUCAAUUAUGGUGCAGAUAACCAGCACAUCUCUUCGCCCAUGCAUACCCCCAAGGCCAUUGUCCACCCACCUUCUGUACACUCGUCUGAGCAUUCUCAAAGCGAAGACACGACGCCCGAAUAUGAAUUUGAAGAUUCGGCCAACAACACCCGUCAUUAUUCUCAUUCACAUGACGGACAUAUGCGAAUAAGACAGCCAUGGGAGCAAACGCAGGAUAUCGAGACAGACGGACAGUACAUGUUCGACCGACACUCCGGGUGUCUGGUGAGGCCACACUCCGAUGGUAUUGCGAUGGGUUUGCACCCUUAUGUUCGAACAUUCCGGUCACCAAUUGAUAUUUGUGACCUCGAGGAUGAUGACCACUCACUAGUGCAAUAAGGCCCAAAAACCCCAAAAUGACUUUCACGAGUCGUUCCGUGUUCCGUGUUCGGCGCCCUACGAAUUUACGCUUUGAUCUAUUGCAAUUGCCGGUUCCCACAUCUACCGCCACUUACCGCAUGUCAUCUAACGAUUUAAUGAUACCUUACCUACCACACUCUAUCUAUAUUCCACCUAUACUCCUGACAGUUAUCUUUGAAGUGAGAUACGCAGCCAUGUAAUCAUAUCUUGUUGUACUAUUAGUAGAAUUGGGUGCUCACCGGCACCACUCAGCGCAA